AUGCAAGCUUCAAAUGCUUCGUGGGUUGAGGUGAGAAACAGGACCCCAGGCCCUUUUGAGGGGCCGCAAUGGCCCUACCUGGCCCCACAGAGCACCUACAUAUCAGUGGCUGUCCUCAUGGGGCUGGUGGUCAUCUCGGCCACCUUGGCGAACGGCUUGGUGAUUGUGGUCUCCGUCCAGUUCAAGAAGCUCCGCUCUCCUUUGAACUACGUCCUGGUGAACCUGGCCGUGGCCGAUCUCUUGGUCACCUUCUUUGGGAGCACCAUCAGCCUCGUCAAUAAUGCCCGUGGCUUCUUUAUCUUUGGCCAGGCGACCUGUGAGUUCGAAGGCUUCAUGGUCUCCUUAACAGGGAUUGUGGGUCUUUGGUCCUUGGCGAUCCUGGCCUUUGAGAGGUAUCUUGUGAUCUGCAAACCGCUGGCCGAUUUCCGCUUCCAGCCCAGGCAUGCGGUGCUUGGUUGUGCUUUCACUUGGGGGUGGUCAUUAGUCUGGACGGUCCCCCCACUCCUCGGUUGGUGCAGCUACGUCCCUGAAGGCUUGAGAACAUCCUGCGGCCCCAACUGGUACAGCGGCGGAAGCAGCAACAACAGCUACAUCAUGACUUUGUUCGUGACCUGCUUUGCGAUGCCUCUCAGCACAAUCCUCUUCUCCUACGCCAACUUGCUCAUGACGCUGCGAACCGUGGCGGCUCAGCAGAAAGAGCAGGAGACAACUCAGCGGGCUGAGAGGGAGGUGACGCGGAUGGUUGUCGCCAUGGUGGCUGCCUUCCUCGUCUGCUGGCUGCCCUACGCCAGCUUCGCCAUGGUGGUCGCCACCCACAAGGACCUCGCCAUACAGCCAGCGCUCGCUUCCCUGCCGUCAUAUUUCUCCAAGACGGCGACGGUGUACAACCCCAUCAUCUAUGUCUUCAUGAACAAGCAGUUCCGCAGUUGCCUCCUCUACACGAUGAGCUGUGGCCACAGACCAUUAUCUUCCCAGGACACGACACUGGCUGUGAUCAGCCUCCCAGGCCGCCUCACCCCCUCAGCUUCAGAAGGAAGCAGGAAUCAAGUGUCGCCUUCCUAACGAUGCAGGUGGGCAGGACCUGCCGCCGCCGCCGCCUUUGAACGUGGCUCUCCUUUCCGUUCUCCAAGUCGCCUUGUUAAAAGUGCAAAAUCUGGGAAAUGGAAUCCCACAGAAGAAGUCAUAGUACCUUUUAUCUGAUGGAUAGACAAAUCUGUGAACUCGUUGGCUCCAUGUAUUUUCUUCCUCCCCAGCUUGUGUACUAAACUUUGCCCGUUUAUAAAUGUGAAUUGGGCCCAGAAACAAAUUGGCAGCCAGUGCAGUUGGGUCAGGAUAGGUGCAAUAUGCUCAAACUGUCUUGCUCCUCUCAAAUAAUCCUGGUAACUGUAGCUUAGCUCUCAUAGAGCUACAGUUCCCAGUACCCUAGGAUCCUUGGGGGGAAGUUGUGUGCAUGAAAUGUGCUUUAGAUAUAUGGUGCACGUGUGAUUUAUGUUAGAACAACAAGGCUCCAGGGGGUGCUGGUCUUUUAACUCCCAUCAGCCCCGGCCAACAUGGUAAACAGAUGAGUCCAGCAAGAUCUGAAGGGCCACAGGUCUGCAGCCCCAAUCUCAGAGGAUGAAGCUGCCCUUCGGAAAAGCUCCAACUCUUUUCUCCGGCAGGCCGGUUAAUCUUGCUACUAACACAACUGCUCCGCACACCUGUCCUUUUUCAUCUUCUUCUGGCCACACUGCUGGGACCAGGAGUCGUGAACCCAAUUUAACAGCCAACUGCAUGAUUUGCAUUUUCUCCAACUGCUCUUGGGAAGAGAUAAGUGUGUGUGUGCGCGCGUGUACACACACAGAGCUGCCCAUAUAAAGACUCCCAUCUUAUCUGCACGCCGGGUGAAAGGAAGAAAUGAAAAACCGCCCGGUUCCUUUUGACCCUCUCAAGCCUUACUUACGCUGUCAAAAUAUCUUGCACCUGAAAUAAAAUAUAUUGCCCCUUUAUUUUUGUUAGGUUAGGUUGUUGUUGUCGUGUAUGUGGUAUUUUUUUAACAAAAAGUUGCUUGGGAGUUAUUUUUAACAGUGGUUACCCAGAGCAGAAGAGAAAAGUGGAGCGAAAUAAAUAAGGAAAUCAAAGUGAAUCACUUUGCUCAGGCCUUGAAGGGACAUAGAAAACUUGUGUGGAUUAAACAUCUUUAGCACAAAACAGACUGAUGCUAGGAUCCCAAGGCUGUGUGCCAAGGUACUGCACACACAGAGAGGGGUUGCCAACUUCCCUUCCUGGCUACAGCUCCUGCGACCAACGUAGACAGCAAGCACCAUUAAGAGGCAUUGCCUCUUCUAAGUGAUGCAGCGGUUACUCUGAAAAAGGGACUGCUGCAAUGCACUCUGUGUGGGGCUUCCCUUGUGCUUGAUCCAGAACCCGUUGUUUGUGCAGAAUGCUGCAGCACAAUUGCUGGCAGGAGUGAGACCCUGUCAGCGUGUAACACCUUGCCUCAGGGGCCCACACGGCUUGCUGACUUGCUACCAGGCCAAGUGUUGUUUUAGUACAUAUAAAUUCCUGAACAACUUGGGACCAGUUUACCUGCGGGAUCACUUUACCCCAAAUAUGCCCACUCGGCUGCCCUGCUCUCUGGAAUGGGCACUGUAACACUCGUUCUGCAUUUGUAACAAAUCAGUCUUUGGAACUUUGAACUUCCCGGCCUAUUGACACUAAAGGUAAAGGGGCCCCUGACCAUCAGGUCC